AUGGCAGCCAGUGAGGUGGCUACAGGAAUCAUCUUCCUGUCACAGACUGUGGUUGGAAUUCUGAGCAAUUCCUCUCUUCUCCUCCAUUUCCUGGUCCUUGACUCCACUCGGUGCAGGGUAAGGCACACAGACUUGCUUAUUCAGCACUUGUUUGUGGCCAACUUGCUAACCCUCCUGUGUAGAGGAAUUCCCCACACAGUGGCAGCUUUUGGAAUGAAAUAUUUCCUCAGUGCUAUUGGAUGCAAGUUGCUUUUCACUCUUCACAGGAUAGGCAGGGGUGUGUCUAUUUGCAGCAUCUGCCUCCUGAGCAUCUUUCAGGCCAUUAAGAUUAGUUCUGGGAACUCCAGGUGGGCAGAGCUUAAAGUGAAAGCUCCCAGGUACAUCAUCCCUUCCAUAUACCUAGGCUGGAUCCUGUCCUUCCUUUUAAGUAUUAUAAAUUUUAUGUACCUGACUGCAAAGAGUAAAAAUGCAACAGCCACUAAUCUAAAAGACUAUGGAUACUGUUCUUCUGUUCGUCAUGACCCAAGCACAGACUCACUGUUUGCUGCAGUGCUAACAUUCCCUGAUGUCGUGGGUGUGGGGCUCAUGAUCUGGGCCAGCAGCUCCAUGGUGCUCACCCUCUACAGGCACAAGCAGAAAAUGCAGCGUGUUCAUAAGGCCAGCUCCCCCAGGUCCUCCGCUGAGUCCAGAGCCACCAAAACCAUCCUCCUCCUGGUGAGCGCUUUUGUCUCUUUUUACACCCUUUCCUGCUUCUUUCAACUCUCUGUGGCUGUUGUUUAUAAUCCUCACUGGUUCCUGGUGAACACAACUGCAAUAGUCACAGGGUUUUUCCCAGCUAUCAGCCCCUUUCUUUUCAUGAGCAGAGAUUCCAAUAUGAUGUUGUGGGGUGGAACAUUUGAGAAGUGGAGGCAAAAAGAAGGGACAAUCACCCUGGAAGAGCUUAAUGCCGACCUUGAGGAGUAUAUGAACUCCCAGCGGAACUGGCUGUCUUACAGCGAGUGCAGGUACCUGAUGCUUCCUGGCAGGAUUGUCACAAAUUCCUGUGAUGGAGUCAUCGAGCCUGUGUUCCUAACAUGCCAUGCAUCUUGCUUCCUGGCUGCUGAGGCAGCCUGCUCUGAAGAAAGCCCUGGAGAUAAGAGCACUGUCCUGGGAACAGUGGACAUUUUCUACAGUUUAGAGGCUUACUCACGGUCCAGUGGAGGUGGAGCUGGGUGGGAGUGUACGUCUGAAGACUUUUUUGAUGUGCUCCCUGAAGGAACAAAAGGGCAAGGCCUAGAAAUACGGCAGGUGCUGCUCACGGGCCAGCUGCACGACGUUGCUAUCUAG